AUGCUAUACUGUGAUUUCUCAAUCUUCACAAAAGAUCAGGAACAUCUCAUCUCAAUCAAGGGUCUAGAAUAUUUGGAGGGCUCUGUAAUGAUGGACUACACUCCUGCAAAUAACUGGAGAUCUUCCUUUUUCCCACCUGCCCAUGAAUCCCAAAUUAGUUCUCUGUUGAAGAAACAUGGCAUCGUGUAUUGCUUAGACUUGGCCAAGUAUUACGAUGAUGAGACCAUAACCUCAGUUGAUAAAGAAGUUGAGCUGCUGCAGGAGGGAAAGACCAAACCUAUGUUGAUUUCCUCAAUAGAGAUGUCCGCAGUUACACCAGAUGAGGAUAUCUUCUACUGUGUGGUACUAUUGCAUUCAGGCAGUUUCAGUGACGAGCAAUAUUUGGACAAUCAAAAGAAUGAAAUUCUGGAAUUCUGUGAUAGAGCUGGAAUAAAGAUGAAGCAGUAUCUUCCACAUUACAAAUCCAAGGAAGAUUGGAUUAAGCAUUUUGGUUCAAAAUGGAACUCUUUUCGAGAAAAUUUUUUCCAUGCUGUUUAA